AGUCUGUCUAUCCCUUUCCAAUUUAAGAGCUCUGACUUGUGACAAAAUGCCUGGUGUUGCCAAUCCAAAUCAAUGGAGUUUCUCUGAGUUACUGGGACAGAGGAGCAUUCUUGGAGUUGUAGUUCUGAUUACAUGGUUAGUUCUGUUCCAUCUUCUUGUGAAUGUGUGGCUGCUGUGCAUCUUCACCAGUCUGUUGGUAGUGCUGGCUGGAUGGCUGGGAUCUCGUGUCGCUUUGGAUGCCAACAGCCUCCUUCAUUUGGAGCACUUCCUGCCCCUGGGUGAGUCCCCUCAAGUUCACACUGCCUCAGAGAGUGAACAAAGACUGGACUGGGAGAUUCAAAGUGCUGUUGACAAGGCUGUGCGGGACUUUGUGUCAUCCUGGUACUGCAGUUCUGUUUCUAAAGGAGGGGACGAGUUUGAACAAGAGGUGAGGGACACUAUGCUGGAGGCAGCCGCUGAACUGAAGAGGAGAGCGAGGCAGGUGGACCGGAGAGCUCUCGCCCUGAGGGUUCUUGAGCUUUGCGGACGCCAUCUGCAGAGCUUCAGCCAAGCCAGGGAACUUCAACGAACACUGCAAGAAGAGUUCGACCAAUCACUUUCAAACUCACAAAAACUAUGGAGGUUGUACAGUAGAGCUGAUUUGCCUCACCCUGCCCUGACUGGACCAGCUAACCAGCUCUGCUACUCCAGAGCGCUGGUAGAUUUCCUCAUGCACGUCCUUAUUCCCAAAUCUCACUUGGAAACACGAACAGGCUGCUACAUGGUGGGAGAGCUCAUCACAUGCAAUGUUCUUUUGCCCCUUGUGGCAAGAAUAUCCAGUCCAGAUUGGUUAAACCAGACCAUCGUAGAUGUGUUCACUCAGUCCACCGACAAAGAAGAAACAAGUCCACAGCAAACACCUCCAGCAGACCUGGACGAUUCCCAAAGAAGCUUCUGGGAUUAUGACUCCCCGGUUACUUUCGACUGUCCUGAAACCUCCAGCAUGCAGACAGCUUGGUCUGUAUCCACAGCCCCCCUCCGUGAUUCCUCUGAAACAAGUUUCCAGAGUCAGUGGUCCUCUGAUGAAAAUGUACAUAGGAGAAGAAGUUCUGGCUUACUUUUUCCAGAAAGAAUGGUCCAAAAUACAGCUGAACUUCUUAGAUCUCCAUACCGCACUAGCCGCCUCUAUAGACACACAGACUGUGACCUGGAAUCACCCUCUUCGGAUGAGAGGAAGAUAUCUAGUGAGUCUUUGAAACGAACAGACUCCGAUGCUGAGGAUUUCUGUGACUGCAUCUCUCCUUCAGACUUUUGUGGGCUAGUUUGUCUGGAGGAAGACACAUUGGGUAUUUUGGGGAAGUGUUUCAGGCAAAACAUUGUUUCAGAGCCUCCUUCAUCACUGGAGAGUUUAGUGGAAGAUUCUCUGGUCCGACCACUGACUAACACAUCAAACUCCAUCCCCAGAAGCCUUGGCCUGGACUCAUUCGUUUUUGAAAACCUGGGGAAUCUAGAGGGACCGGUAUCUAUUCAGAACUUGCAAAUUGUUGGGACCAUCACAGCCAAAGAGCAAAGAAGCAACAGCACUCAUCCUUAUACUCUUUACACUGUAAAGUUUGAAACUGCUUCAGAUUCAAAUAGCUCUGAUCAGCCUGUCACAUAUCAUAUGGUGAACCGGCGCUACACUGAGUUCCUCAAUCUGCAGAGCCGUUUGGAGGAAAGGCCAGAUCUCAAGAAAGUGAUCAAAAAUGUCAAAGGUCCAAAGAAACUUUUCCCAGACCUUCCCUUCAGCAACCUGGACACAGAAAAAGUGGAAGCCAGGAGAAGCCAACUGGAAUCAUUCCUUAGGAAACUGUGCACUAUCCCAGAGGCAACUAACAGUGAGGAGGUGCGUGAGUUCCUUGCCCUCAACACUGAUGCCACAGCAGCUUUCCAGAAGAAGCCGUCGAGUUCACGCAUAGACAAGAUGGUUGAGAACAUAGUGGACACCCUGAAGACGGCGUUUCCACGCCCAGAGCCUCAGAGCCCCACAGAGGAAGGAGACCCACAAAGAAAGCCUCGUCUGAGAUUCUCCAGUAAAAUAGCUCCUACUCUUAAUGUACCAAGCCUGCAGCCUAAAGUGACAUACUCGUUCAGUGAACGCUGCUCAGUUCUUCGAGGUUUCUCGCUGUCAGAUCUGGAGGGGUUUGUGGAGGAACAGGAAAAGCUGGUGGAUGGUGGUGUCAGGAGUCAUUUUGCUGGAGGAAGACGCAUGAGAGAGCAGAGACCUGUAGAAAAGAGAGGAAGAGGAGCAGACACUGCCCUGGCAGAUAUUGCUCUGAAUAUCUUGUGUUUGCUGAUGAAGGACCAGUGGAGCUGGCUGUGUACAGAAAACAUCCAGAAAACCAUUAGACUGCUCUUUGGCACUUUUAUUGAAAGGUGGCUAGAUGUAGGCAUAGCCCACCUGAGCAGCGCCCCAUGCUGGGUGAUCUACCUGCGGGUUCUCCAGGAUGCAGUGUGGCCCGGGGGUGAGCUGCUUGCGGUGCCACGACCAGAGAGAAGCCCAGAGCAGAGAGAGAAGACCAGACUCCAGUGCCUGCACUGCCUUAUGCAGCUGUUCCCAGAGUUAAUUACAGACAUGCUUGGCUCAGGGAAAUUCAGGCUAGUGUGGGAGCAUGUGCUGGAAUCUCUACAGGACCCCACUAUCAACAGGCACUUGGUUUACUGUGUUUUUGACCUGCUGCUGGAGUUCCUUGUUCCAGAAUUUUCUGAGGAGACGUUCCAGAGGUCUUUACUUCAGAGUCUCCCUGGGGAUGUAGAGAGAACACCUUCAUCCUCAUAAGGACACCGUUUCUUUUCUUCCAUCUUUCUGAAUGCUGAUGACAAUUGGAUGUGUUUUUAUCAGUUUGG